CUAAUCUCAUUUUACCACCGUUAUUUGUUUCCGAAAAUGAAGAAUCAAAUAUACGAAUUGAAAACAAUAUUCAAAAUUCAAAAAUAAUUUAUUAUCCUCGUUUAUUUGGGAACAUGAGAGGGAAACUAUCCCGCCAUUAGCAAAACUGCAUAAACUAGCAUCAAGCUCAAUCGGCGGCGACUUUUGUAUCCGACUUUCUCCGCCGGAGUGAUACCGUGCCGCUGUAGAAGCAAAUACCCCCAAUUGAUUCUCAAAUUGACGAAGUUGCGGUUGUCAAGGGAAGAUUAAAGUUUGGUGGAACAUCUGCAGCAUGUUUAAGAAAACGCUAUGAUUAAUUCAAAUCAAGUAAGUAGGAGUCAUCUCCCUGAAGUUCAGAAACCUAAAGUUCCUCAAACCAAUUGGUCAGAGCAUGCAAAGGCGUUCGAAGAUCCAUCGUCCAGGACUAAGCAUUUGAGCUCCGGUUUCCUUUACGCUCUAGAAAGUCAAAAGCCUAGAAAAAGCAGAGAUAUGGCGGCGAGGUCAAUUGCGUUUCCUAGUGUGAAUGCGCAUACUUUGGCGCACCCGCAAAUUGCAAAGGCUUGGAGUGCUCUUUCAAGUCUCUCAUUAAAUAAGACCUACCUAAGACCUGGAAUUACUCCCCCGGUUGAUGAUGGUGGCACCAAUGGCUCGUAUUCUGCAAGAGAGAGAUCCACUGUGAAAGUUACAUGUAGCACUGAUGGUUCUUUUUAUUCGAACAAUCAACAAAAUCAAAGUCAAAUGGGUGUACCAGGAACUGGAAGAAACUUUCACAGCUUUCCUCCCCCUGUCCCUGGUGAUGGUAAAAUAUUUGCUGAAAAGUUUCCACGGAUAAAUGAUGAGGCCAGAGAACCAGAAACUUGUUCCGCGCAUUUAAAUGGUGUGGAGAAACCAUUCAGGAGUUCUGCAUUCGCAGCUGAGCAGUUGGGAUCUGGAGAAGCAUGUCUUGAUGAGAUUGAUGAUGACAUACUUCAGAAUAUUGAUGUCGACCAAAUUAUGAUGGAACACUACCAAUCAACAAGUACCCCUCCGCCAUCUGUAUCUAGUUUGCCAUCGAGAACUCCACCUGUGGAUAGAAGUGCUUCCAGAAGAGAAGAAGAGUGUUGUCUGCCUCCUGAACUAUGCUCUAACUGCAGUCAUGGAAUAAAGCUAGGGCUUUGUCCAGAAGCUUCAACCCAUUUGGAACAAAUGAAGAACAUGUUGAUUGCAAUAUCAAAUGAACUUCUUGACGAUGAUACUGAUCUGAGUCCUGAUCGUAUUCAAGAGCUUCGUCAAGAGAGGUUACUGCUGAAGAAGCAAAUUCAGCAGCUCGAGGACCAUACUCGAGAUAAAGAAAAGCACAAGUCUCAGUUUUUGUCAUCUACAGCUACUCGUGCUUCACAGUGUGAAACACCUAAAUCAACAAAUCUAAGAUUUGAUCAUCCACAAACUGAUUCUCAAACACACUUUAAUGAGCAAGGAAGAUAUGCAUCUGAUAGCUGGAACAUGCCAAAAGAUUCUUCAUUGUCUGUAGAUAGGUAUGGUCUUUCAUCUGCUCCUGUAGAGAGAGAACAAUACGUUCCGAGGAUUAUCGAGGUGACGUACACUGAAGGUUCCAACGACCAAAAGUGGAGCAGUCGUGAUUUCCCUUGGACGAGAAAAUUGGAGGUCAGUAACAAAAAAGUGUUUGGAAAUCACUCGUUUCGACCUAACCAGAGAGAAAUCAUCAACGCGACAAUGAGUGGCUCUGAUGUAUUUGUGUUGAUGCCAACAGGAGGAGGCAAGAGUUUGACGUAUCAGCUCCCUGCUCUGAUCUGUCAAGGAAUAACAUUGGUCAUUUCUCCACUCGUGUCACUUAUUCAAGACCAGAUAAUGAACUUAUUGCAGGCAAAUAUACCCGCUGCUUCCUUAAGUGCCGGCAUGGAAUGGUCUGAACAACUGAAGAUCUUUCAGGAGCUUAGUUCCGAGCAUUCUAAGUACAAAUUACUAUACGUCACACCCGAAAAAGUGGCACAAAGCGAUUCUCUUUUGAGGCAUCUAGACAACUUAAACUCUUGUGGUUUGCUUGCUCGAUUUGUUAUUGAUGAAGCUCAUUGUGUGAGCCAAUGGGGGCAUGACUUUCGACCAGACUACCAGAGUCUUGGUAUUCUGAAGCAGAAGUUUCCAAACAUUCCCGUGUUAGCUUUAACAGCUACCGCAACAGCCAGUGUGAAAGAAGACGUUGUACAAGCCCUUGGCCUUGUUAACUGUGUUGUGUUCCGGCAAAGUUUUAAUCGCCCAAAUCUAUUGUAUUCCGUUGUUCCAAAGACGAAAAAGUGUCUGGAGGAUAUUGACAAAUUUAUAAAGGAAAACCAUUUUGAUGAAUGUGGAAUUAUAUAUUGUCUUUCAAGAAAUGACUGCGAGAAAGUUGCUCAAAAGUUACAGGAGUUCGGUCAUAAAGCAGCAUUCUACCAUGGAAGCAUAGAGCCUACUCAACGUGCUUUAGUACAGAAACAAUGGAGCAAGGACGAAGUCAAUAUAAUAUGUGCCACUGUGGCCUUUGGAAUGGGAAUCAACAAGCCUGAUGUCCGGUUUGUUAUUCAUCACUCGCUCCCAAAGUCUAUAGAAGGCUAUCAUCAGGAAUGUGGUCGUGCUGGCAGGGAUGGCCAGCGAGCAUCUUGUGUUUUGUAUUACGGUUAUGGCGACUAUAUACGAGUUAAGCAUAUGAUUAGCCAAGUAGGAGUUGACCAAAACCCCAUGGCAAUUGGUUAUAAUCGUGUAGCGAGUUCAGGGAGGUUACUUGAAACGAACACUGAAAACCUUCUCCGCAUGGUUAGAUACUGUGAAAAUGAGGUGGACUGCCGACGUUUCCUACAGCUAGUCCAUUUUGGGGAAAAGUUUGACUCCACAAACUGCAAAAGGACGUGUGAUAAUUGUUCAAGUAGCCAGAGUUUGAUUGACAAAGAUGUCACUUUGAUUACAAGGCAAUUGGUUGAACUGGUGAAGCAAACAGGAGAAAGGUUUUCAUCAUCUCAUAUUCUUGAAGUCUACAGAGGUUCCUUAAACCAAAUGGUGAAGAAACACAGACACGAGACGUUGCAGUUCCAUGGAGCUGGAAAACAUUUAACGAAACUUGAAGUCUCCCGUAUCUUGCACUAUCUCGUAACAGAGGAUAUUCUUGUGGAAGAUGUUAGGAAGAGUGAUAUGUACGGAUCCGUAUCAUCGUUGCUCAAGGUGAAUAAAUCAAAGGCUGCCUCACUCUUUUCUGGAAGCCAGACUAUAAUGAUGAGAUUCCCUUCUUCUGUAAAAGUAUUAAAGCCCUGUAAAGCUGCGCCAACCCCUGCAAAAGCUCCUUUAGUAUCAGCAGAUGCUCCUCCAGAAGAUGUGAAUCUCUCCGCCAUCAUGUACACAGCCUUGAGGAAGCUUCGUACGCUUCUUGUCAAAGAAGCCCCUGACGGUGUCAUGGCAUAUCAUAUAUUUGGCAAUGCAACACUUCAGCAGAUGAGCAAGAAAAUUCCAAGAACCAAAGAGGAACUCCUCGAGAUAAAUGGCCUUGGGAAGGCCAAAGUAUUAAAGUACGGUGAACGGUUGUUGGAAACAAUAGAGUCAACGGUGAACGAGUACUAUGGAACCAGUAAGAAAGAAGAGUCCAUGAUUAGUCCGGAUUCAGGGAAGAGGAGAAGAGACGAGAACAUUAGUCCGAAUGUAACCGAGGAGGAUGAUGAUUUCGCAGAGAGCUCAAGCCAGUCUUGCAAGAAAACGGUGAGAAGCAAAAGCAGUGAGGUUCUUCAUGGUGAAUGUGUAGAUGGAGGUGGAGUAGGUAUGGUCAUGGAGAAGCUAGAUUUUGAUUUUGAUUUUGAAGACGAAGAUGGGUCGGAGAUACGACCUGAGGGGAGAGUAUUACCCUGGUGAAGUAGUAACCAUUGUGAAAUGUUAAAUUUAAAUUGCUGUAAACUUCUAUGGUCUAGGCGGUGGUGUACCUUAAUGUUCAGUAGAAUGUUGAAUUGUCAGAUUAUUAAAUUAUAUAUCUACACAUUUGAAGUA